UCACGGAGCGCUGCCAAGCCGCAGACACAAUGCCGGGAAAAUAAAGCGCUCAGCUUGCUUCUUGAUAACUUGCCGACUGUCAAUAAGCUGUUAUGACUCGCCUCGUUAGUAGAGUGUCAUCCUCGGUAUUCGGUAACCUUCCCAUGCGGACUGCAGCUGAAGGAAGUGGAUGUGCUGUGCUUGGAGCAAAGAGGGGACCUGUUGAUAGCCCACCGGCGCUGCUAUGGAGGUGAGAGGAGGCUUUCUGAGAGCGAAUCUGAGCUGUCCAUGAUGUCCGUCUGUUCGUCACAGUAAUAGCUCUAAUGCGCCCCGGUCAUUUUUAAAGAAAUUAACAAACUGUCUUCCAGAUCACAUACCGAAUUAGUUGCUAAUAGGCCUGUGUAAUUACUGUAAAUCAUUUAUGUUUAAUCAUGAUUUUAUUCUGAGGCGGUCACUAUGGCUUUAACAUCAACAGGUAUAAGGAUAUAGAUUUCAUUACGGUGCCGUGAAGGGCAAAUAGGUAGUGUAGCCGUAACCCUAGUGCCUAUCAAUGACACCUAAUUAAAUUUCAGAUGAGACGUUGUCAUUUCCAGCCCAUCGUUUUUGCAAAUCAAAUCAUGUCAUUGGCAUCAUGCUUUGAUGCUUUACAGGCUUCCCCUCAAGUCAGAGUGGUCGGAAGGCCACGUGUCGCUGUUAAUUACCAUCAGAGGCUGAUAAAGCCUUUUGGAGAAGAUUUAAAUCCUGCUAAAGAGCUUUAGUCCACAAGCAAGGUGCUUGCAAACAAGCAUGGCCAAGGCCUUGGGAGAGAGGAUGUAGAGGUUAAAUGAUACAUACUGCAGAACAGAUGUUAAAUGUAAUGUGCUGCUUUAAUUAUCCAUGUGUACAAUCUGUCAUAAGUGUCUUUUUAUUAGGAGAGGAGAUCUUAAGGAGGGAGACUCACCUUGGUACUUUGGUUUUACAAAGAUUGUGACAAUUUCUGUACAUAGCUGUUCCAAAAAAGCAAGUAGAAACUGUAAAAGACCAUGUUUAGUGUUUAAAAGUCUGUUUUUGUUGUGUAUGUUGCAGGUGCCAAACAGAGAAGAAUGACAUGUAACCGAAACACAAAGUCACAAAGACAACACAAGAGCUGAACAAUCUGCCAGGCUAUGAUCGAGAUCAUGGGUAUGUAUGUUUCGUUUUGUUUUGUUUUGUUUUUUUCUGUUUGAGGAGUAUCAACUUUUUAAAGCCCAAUGUGUUCCUGCAACCUGAGUUAAACUCCUGCCUCUGCCAUCAUCAGAGGCUUAUGAUUAGGGAGUCUAGCACUGGCUGCAGCCCAACAGGAGAGAAAUGUGACAUGUGCAGGUGGCACAGCACUCACAGUCUGGUUGAUAGGCAAAACUUUGUGGUGAAGAGUUUACAAGGUCGUAACCCUGUGCCACAUGCAAUUACUUCAGCUGUGGGUUGUGCUCAUUAGCAACUGCUCCGCUAAAUAAACAAGGGCAGUAUGUCCCGAAGCAACCUUUGAGAUUUGGCCUCUGCUUUAAAGCAGUGCAGGUUAGAUAUCACAUCCUCGUUCUGCACCAUCCAAAUGUUUCUCGAUAAAGUUUUUGUAGCCUUUUUUGCUCAAGAACAUUUUGCUUUGGGGUUAACCAAGAGUGAACUUAGAAAUUGCUGUUUGAAAUUUAAUAGCGUUGCCAAGAAUUCAAAAGGGACAGGAGUUAGACAACAUUUGAAAAACUUAGCCGCUGAAAGAUCUCACUCUGGAAGCUAUAGUUCAGGGUUUGUUUGUUUUUGUUUUUCUUGAGAUGAAUACAAACCCUGACUGCUUAAAUCUCCAAAACACAGAUUGUUUGGAUCAGUCAGAAGACGCCAUAUUGGACUGUAAUGACAGAUGUUAUCGUUUUUACAAAUUGUACCUUCGAAACUUCUGAAAAACUGCUCAGACUAACCCACCUGUCCCACCAAAUGUACUUUGAAAGGUUUGGUUAUGUGUGAGGCUUGAACAGUCACUGUUAUAAGCAUAUGGAAACUCACACCAAGCCAGACGGUAGAAAUGCUGAUUCUGAAUGUCACAAAUGAUACACACUUUCUCUGCAGAUACUCAGCGUGCUUUGGAGGCUGUGGCAAGACUGCAAGCCAAACUGAAGGAGAGAGGAGAGGCCCCCGCACAGGAGAAACUCUCUCUGCUCAAGACUGUCCUGCAGAGCCCCCUGUUCCAUCAUAUACUCAGCUUACAGCAGGCUCAGCGGAAGCCCCCGGCGGAGACGGUAAAGCAUGAGCAUGAGCGCGUGGGUGUUUGGUGUAUAUUGAAUGGUGGUGAAGGAGCCGGAACCGUUCCCAAAAUACUGAAUGCAGGAACCGAACUUGAUGAGUAAUCAGCUUACCUAAGCUUACCACUAAAGCCCAGAGAAAGAGAGAGAGAGAGAGAGAGAUGAGACAGAGAGAGAGAGAGAGAGGGAGGGAAGAGAGUGAGAUGGGGGAAGGAAAAGGUGGCUGUUUAUCACAUCAGGGAGUUUGCACAAGUCAUCUGUAACACUGUUAUAACUUUGUAGCAAUAUGUGUGUGGGAUUUGGCACUGGUGGUGGCUCAUAAAUGUCGCCAAAUGUUGAUCAACUGCUCCAUCAAAAUUCAAACACAUGUGACUUUGAUCCUUCUGCACAUUGUGGUAUGACACAUCAGCAUCAAUUAAGGUGUUUAACCUGUUUGUCAGCGGUAAUCACUGGCCUUAUAAGUCUGUUGUGGUGCACUGUAAUAGGCUAACCCCAUAAGCACCACAGAUCUACAUUAUUACAUUAACUGACUGUGUGAGCCACUAGUCAUUUAGCUCCUCUGCAUUCCAAGAAACACGGCACUGGAUUAUGGAGACGAUCCCUGGAUUUUUAUCAGCACUGACACUAACAAAGUUUUAUAAGUUCAAGCUUCAAUAAAAUUCACAAGUUUUAAUAUACUGCAUUAAGAUUAAGUCUGCAAAUCACAGGAGUGUGAAUUUGCCUAUUAGUAUUUUGAUGGUGCUCUGUCUUUUUAUUCCACAACUGCUUUUUUAACAGGUGUCAAAGUUGUAAGAAUUGAAUUGCAUACAGAUCAGAGCUAAGCAUCUUCUGAGACUCGCGCUUAAACUGUGAAAGAGAAAACCUUAGAAGACAAAAGGGAUCAGUUUUGUGGGUUUUGGGGGUAUUGAACAGAAGCAUUUAUCUCAGAUCCUCAUGUUCCUGCUCUCCUAUCUCUUCCCUCCCUGCUCCAUUUUAAAGCUAUCUUUCUGAUUUUUUUCUCUUUCGGCUUACACACAUUUACCCUCCUUUCCCUUCCCCUCCUCUGCUCGCUCGCUCCCUCCCACAUCUUCCUUCAUUGUCUCAUAUGCCCUCCUUUCCUCAAUUUCUUUUUUUCUUUCCAUUCCCUUCCAUCACUCUCUCAUACUUAUCCUAUUCCUCUCUGUCUCUAUACCUCCUUUCGUCAAUUAAUGUCUCCACCCCUCUAUCAAUCCAUUUCCCCAUCUCUUUAUCUCCUUCAUCCAUUCCCCCUUCCAAUCUUUCUUUCCUCCUCCCGGCUCGACCCCUCUUUCACUCGUCUAUUUUCUCUACCCCAAACAAUCAAUCUCUUUUACUUACGAUUUUUACACUUCCUCCCUCUUCGGCCCGUCCCUAUCUAUUCCUCCUUUAUUUCUCUGCCAGCCCAACCAGGGGAAGGCAGUUUCCAAAUCUGCUUCCAUGAACUGCGGUCCCUGCCAGGGCGUGGCAUUGGGCCUAAGGACCCUGAGCCACAGUGACUCCUACACAUGGGCCAUGGAGAACAAUAGGCCUAGCAGCACCAAAUCCCACCACAAGGAGAGCAGCAUCUCCUCUCUGGACUCACAGGAAGUGUCCCUCUCAGACUUCUACCCGGACAACUGCAUCCUCACUGAAUCACAGGUGUGUAAAACAUUCAUCGUAAAUCAAGUAUUGUUAAAAAGGAUUUUAGUAACGGGGAACAAUUUAUUCCAAGAGCACUCUGUCCAUGAAACAACCAAAUAAUAUUUUUCCCUGCAGUUGUAAAAUACAUAACAUCACCGUUUCAAAUGUCACAUUUUACAUUUGAGAGAAUUACACUGCGUUAUAAAACUCGAGCACAGUUGGAUAUUUUAUUAUCUCAGUGUUUCAUUCGAUCAUAACUACCUGCUCAGGGUACUCAGUGUCUCUUCAGGUUUGCUUAUCUUUUACACAUGACAUUUAUCUCGUAGUACUGCACCCCCCCUCGAAUCUCUCGCACUAUGUCAAUGGGGAGGAACCUGUCUGCUAUUGCUCAUGAGGUACAGUGAGCUUUCACAUAAUAUGUGGUUGUAGAGUUAAGAGUUAGAAGAGCUACUCCCCAACUGUGUUUAUUGAUGUGUUUCUGGCUCCCUCCCUCUUAUUCUAAUGUUUUAAUUUUAGCGGCGUCAUGUGGAAAUGAUAGAGCUGAUCAAUGACGGGAAAGGCCUGGGUUUUGGCAUCAUUGGAGGGAGGAGCACAGGAGUCAUGGUUAAGACUAUUCUUCCUGGUGGAGCUGCUGGACGGGUAAAUCCAACCAUCAAACAAUCAUAAGCUUAAAUAGCCAGUUAAAGGAAUGGCUAAAACAUCUUUUUAUAACCAGAAAAAAUUGCGUUUUUUAAUCUCUUUUUUGGAAAUAUAAAAAAAAGAAUAUGUUUGGAUAAUUAAAAAACAGAUUGCACUGAUUUUAUUAUAUAUAAUGGGGUUUUACAGGAUAAGCGCCUGCGUAGUGGAGAUCAAAUCUUACGCAUCGGAGAUACAGAUCUGGCAGGCAUGAACAGCGAGCAGGUUGCUCAGGUGAGGUGUCAUAUGUUGCUUUUUCUCUAGUCCUUGUCUAUGAAGCCACAAGACAAAUUAAUGUUCAUAUAACAGCUAAGUCUUAGUAGGUACAACCAAAUUCUUGCAAUCAUCCUUUUAAAGCCCAGGAUUAUGUUUAUAAGAAAAAUAAUGUGAUUUGCAGACUUAUCUUUUCUGAAAACUGGUUGUUCUUCAUUUAAUCUUUUGGUUUUUUUUAAUUUGAAACAAACUUAAAGGUAAAAUUCAAUGUCGAUUAACUUGGUGUUGAUUCUGCUCAUUAUCACCCCUUGUGGCCACUUGGUGAAAAACACUCUAACUGUUGCCCUAAUCAGCAGUCGCUGUUGGUUUGCACUAGUGGACAGCUUCGGGACAGUAUUGACCCCAUUAAAGACAAUAAGACACUGAAUCAUAAUCCCUUCAUUGACAUAUAACUCUACUGAGAUGUUGGUGCUAUGCAGUUCUUUGGACCAGUUUCUCAUGCAGUCAAUAAAACAUUUCCAAUCAGAGCUCAUUCUCAGUUUUUUUCAGGGCAGUUGACAUUUUAAUUUUCAGCCCUUUGUUAUUUGUCAUUCUUGUCACGCGCUUUUACUUUCUGAUCUGUUCACAAAUGACCACCUGGCGCAGGUAUUGCGAAAUGCUGGUAGCAAGGUGAAGCUGCUCAUUGCUAGGGAUGUUACCAAGGACACCCACCUUUCCUCUCCUGCCCUUGGCCAGGACAGCUCGGAUGACAAGGUUUGUUUGUGUGCAUUUUGAGAAUAACAUCCCAUGGUGCAUGUCAAAUAUAGAGUUUUUGUGCAAAAUAAUAAGAAUAUCUGUGAUAUUAAAUUCUAAAGAAGUGUAUUGGGUUUUUCUAUCUGUGCUAUUUUUCAGGCUAAUGACUUGAACGAUGACUACGAGUACAGUGUGCAGUUCACUAAAAACAGUCGAGGCCUGGGGUUCACCAUUGCGAGCUACAUAGGUGAUCUAAAUUCAGGUGAUGAUACUCAUUAAGCUUUAUCUUUUUGGAGCAUGAUCUUUGAAGUAUUAUUACAAGUUAUGGGAGCUGUAGGGGCAGAUUUUUAACAGUUUUUAAAAGCCACUUGAAUGAGACGAGCCUUACAGAUGUCCCGACGCGUGUCCACUUUCAUUCAUAAAAUGAUUCCAAUACUCAUGGGUCUGUGGUUGUUCUGUUUAUUUUACUGGUUGCGGGUUCCAAAGAGCUCAAAAACUGUACAAAAUAUCAAAAAGCUCCUGUUUUAGGUAAAAAAAAAAAACAUUUUCAUGCUGCUCGUCUCAAUGUGGAUCAAACAAAAGACUGACCUGUGCACCUGUGCCGGCUGACCUUAAAAGAUAGCGACUCCGCCCAUAACCAAAUAUCCUCUAGACAGGUGUAUCUGAAUCUAUUGAUCAACACAAACAACCCAUUUGAUUACUUUUAAAUCAUAUAUUUUCAUGAGUUUGGUCCUUACAAGUAAUAAUCUAAGCUGAGACUUAUUUUUUGGCUCAAAAAUAAGAUUUUGACAUAAAUUAAAAAAUGGCUUCUACAGGAGCCACUAAGGAAAUAACCUAUCUGUGAAUAAUUCAGUCAUUAAAAUGAUGCUCAUAAAUUGUGAGUAUUGAGCUGCACGUAUGCAAUCAAUGCUAACCUUUCAUUUCUCCACUCUGCAGUAUACAGCGCUGGUGUGAUAGUGAAGAGCAUAGUGAAAGGCAGCACAGUGGAUCAGGACGGACGUAUCCACAUUGGAGACAUCAUUUUAGCAGUAAGUUCUUCUGAAUCCUAGAAAACUUAAGGUUUUAUUCUCUUCUCUGACAGAAAAAUACCUUGUGGUCUCAAAUGGAAUCCCCUGUGAAACUGUAAUGAUUUCAGCAACUUGGAAUCUGCACAGUUUGCAACUUGAAGUACUUUCAUGCACUCCAAUUAGGGACUAUUUUAGCUGAUGAAAGGGAAUAAGUCUAGUUUUACUUUUAUUUAGUUUCAUAAAUAUCUUUUUUAUUGGUGUGUUCCAUCUUGUUGUGUUUUUUAUUUUGAUUACUAUUGAUUUUUCUCUUUUAUUUACCUGCACUUUUGGUACCUCCAUUUCUUCCCAUCUAUUUACAAAAAGUUUGCUUCUGUCUAUAUUAGACCUGUUUUUUAUAUUUUAUAUUCCUGCUCUUUCCGUAACUUUAACAUCACUUGUGCUUUAGGUGGAUGGAGUGAGCCUGCAGGGCUGCAGUGAGCAGCGUGCCAUGGAGGUCCUGAAGAGGACAGGUCCUCUGGUCAGACUGAAGCUGCUGAGGAAGGCUGUCCGACUGAGUCACAUCCUGCCGCCAGUUCCACCCCUGCAUCCCCUCCGACACUCGCACAGCUUUCACGAGGGCAACCCCUACAGAUUUGGCCUCAACAAGAUUCAAGAGACAGGUGUUGAAAUUAUUGGCUCAAUGUUUCAUAAGAAGAUAGUUUUUGAAGGAAUAGACCAAAUAAAUGGAGUGUUAUUCACAGCGGAAUUCAUUAUGCAAGUAAUGAUCCACCGAAGCUUAUCUGCCCUGUCUGCUUGAAUAUAUUUAGAUCAGGGGCAAAACAUAUUUUGUUGACUCCACUUUGCCUGAUGAUGAAAGUGCCACCUUAUGUGUGUUCUCAUCGUCAAAACAUUAGCUGGGGAUUUCUAAUUGUCAUAUUUUUCAACCCAAGUGUCUGUAUGAGUGUUUGGAUCCGUUCUUGUGCACUCAAACACAUCCCCCCUGUCUCCCAGGAAUGAGCUCGCUGCGUGAAAUCUCCCGUCGAGCGUACACCACCAGACAACCGCGUCAUGAUCCCAGAAAAGGUAGGCUCCACUUUCCCAUACUGCACUGCAGUCUGGAACUGGAUCAUGGGACUUAGUCUGAUAUACUGAUUGGGCUCAGGGAACAGCGAUGUGGCAGUAAAGCAUGCUCUUUGAUGAGAGUCUAUUUAUAGUAGUGUGCAGUCAUGUGUUUAUCCAACUCCUUCAGCUCAUUCCAGAUGAUUUGUCUCUCGUCCCGCCUGCAUAUUUAGACGAGGGUUUUUGGGCUUGAUUAGAGAGCACAGCCAAAUAAGCCCUGAUUGCUGUGAGGCUUUAAUAAAUGAACAGGGAAAACAUUAGUUUGCACAGAAAUCAAAAGAUGGUGGGUGUAAAUAUGUGUGCCUUUACUGCGUCUGUGUCCAUGUGUCAGUGGUUGUGGGUGACAUCCGGCUUUGCAACAAGGGGAAAUAUCUUCGCCCCGAUAUAAAACAGCAGAGGUGAUGAUUUCAUUUGGGAUGCAACUCUUUAUUGAUUGGCUGAAGCUAGGAUGGGAUAAAAGUGUUAAUAAGGAAGUAGAUGGUGUAUCGGUGUGACAUCAGGGUCAUGUGUGUGUUUGUGCAUUUUACAGGCGUGAAACUGACUCCUGAGGAAGAGGAAAAUCUGAGGACGAGGUGGCAGCAUGCAGUCGGGCCCCGAUAUGAAGUUAUUGUAUGUGUUUCCCUAAUGUCAAAUAAAUGUAUCACUGAUUUUGACAAUUAAAAAAAAACAUUUACUCACUUUGUAACAUCUAAAAGUAACUUUCUGUCCUUGUCUUUGACGGUAAAGUUUAUUUUCUUUUCGUUUUUUUAGGUGUGUCAACUGGAGCGUUUUGCUGAGACCAGUGGUCUUGGCAUCAGCCUUGAGGCCCGGGCGGGACAUCACUACCUGUGCUCUGUGUUACCUGAGGGGCCCAUUGGACAAAGCGGCAAUGUGUUUGCUGGAGACCAAAUACUUGAGGUGAAGACCUAGAACUAAAACUGCACAGUUAAUCAUAUUUCAAUCCUGGUCGUGACUUUGGCCUUCUUGAAAUCAAAGAACUAGGAUUAACGACUUAGGGUGCUGAAAAACAUCAGCAGCAAUCAGAGAGAGAGCAAGAAGAUCAGGUAUGUGUUAGUAAAACAGAAGGACAAGUGAGCAAGUGAGUAUCAUGAUGAAAUAUACGUACGAAGUUAUAGAUCCAAGUCAACUUUUCCAGAUGAGGGCAAAAAGACUGUGUAGGAGGUUGCAUCUGUAACUGCAGCGAUAAAAUAAAUACAAGCUCUGAUAAUGAACUUUUUAGUAACAGGCUGUGAAGAUAAUUUGCUACAAGAUAAAGUCGUUGGUUUGACUCUAUUAUCUUAAAAAUGAAGUCAGAACUCUCAAAAAAGGAAAACCUGAAUUUGACCAAAUGUGUGGGCCAAAAACAGCCAGGGCAGGCUAUUUGUGAUACACUCAAGAGAUACCGGUUUUUGAACAAGCAAUAAAAAAAAAUUUGCCCUAGAAAUAAUCGUGGUUGGUCAUCAUGAUUUGAAUAUUGAUUAAAAUAUUUAUGAUAGUCAUUUUGGCUGUAAUCACGCGGCUCUAAGAUCCAUUUUGAGAAUAAAAUAAAGUUCAUGAGAACCAGGAUAAGAUGUGAUUUGUGUGGGACUAAUAAUUUUGUCAAAUCUCUGAGAUGUAUCCAUGGAUGACUAAUAAAAAAAGCUUUCUUUAAGGAUUAUCUUCGGUUCACGGUUCCACUCUCUCUGUCGUUUUCCUGCCUCCUGUAGAAAUAAAACGAAAGUGCACGGCUAUAAACCUGCAAUGGAAGUUAUACAUUUUAUCUGUUUCACUUUAACCAAGGAAUCCAUUUUAGACUGAAACUUGAAAAAAGAAAAUCUAGUUGUGCAGACUUCAGUUAACACCACACAGUCUGAGUACAGUAUGAGAGUUUUUCCCUUAAGGCAGCAAAAACAGUCAUAAGAAGGUGGGUGUAAGUCUGUGUACCUCUGUGCAUUUGUUCUCAUACUGUUGAGGCAGAGCUUGUCCUCCGCCCCCUCUGCGGGGCGAGUUCAUGCACCCACUCGUAUCACUCAUCAUGAUUAGCAGUCUGAUUAACCAUUGAACGUGCAUUCGCUCUGCUUUUGCGGUGUAGAAAACAGAACACAGGCUCGUGUCCUUCAUAUCUCCGAGCAGUCAGCUAGCAUCUGUAUCGCAGCUCAACCCUUUGAUCUCUUUCAGGCGGCAUCAACGCGGCAAAGCCAUUGUUCAUUUCUGCUUCUAAAUGAGCCUGCCUUGGUUUUUUCACUGCUCUCAGCUUUAAUUGUUCUUUCUGUAGCUUGAUGUAUUCCAGCUACUAAUUGUUCCAUGAUAUCCAAAACUGAAACACCACAAAAACAUCAACUUUUCUUUUUAAACUGGGAGGUUUAGUCACUACUCUCAUACAGAGAGACAGCUAACAAAACAGGGUUUAAAAUGGAGGUAAAUGUUCAAUAACAUCUAACACUCUAAUCGUGUUUUCGUGUAGAAACUAUUAUGUUGUUGCAUCAUAAUUUGAAUUCUUGUGUUUAAUCAGUGUCUAAUUUUUUAAGCGAGUGUGUGUCUGUAAUCGUUCUUCCUGACAGGUUAAUGGGAUCCCUCUGAUCGGAGAGACACACAAAGAGGUGGUUAACAUCCUGAAGGAGCUGCCUGUGAAUGUCUGCCUGGUGUGCUCUCGCAUUGUAGCCCCUGUUAUUCCUGACAGUGAUGAGGAAGAUGAUGAAGAGGUCGGUCUCACGCUGAAAGAGCUGCUGGCUGAGUUCAAUGACAAGGUGAAAGCACACACUGAAGAAAAAAAAAGGAUAAAUGGGUGGAUUAAGCACUACAAAUGUAUCGUAUAAUACUGCUCCUCUGUAUUUAUAUCCUUUUUUAUCCGUCUGACUUCCUCUUCUCUUUCUCUUUUGUCUGUUCCAGCUGGACCAGGGCUGUGUCAUUCCCUGUCCUACAGCUGAGGACAUCACCAAGCGUGGUGUGCCCCCCAUGUCGCCUCCUCUGGCUAUGUGGGAGAGAGAGGCUCAGGUGGUCGAGCUGGAGAAAGGCGAAUCAGGACUUGGCUUCAGUAUCCUGGACUACCAGGUCAGAGUCAUGUCCCUGAGCCUGUCUAUAAAUAGAAUAGACCGUAAGGAGAUGAAUUCGGCGAUUAUUAGAGGCGGGUUAGUCAGGGUGAACGCUAAGGCGAGACGGACUUCUUUAACUGUUUGUUUGUGCGCUAAGCAGUUUAGACUGGCAAACACUCGAACAGUUUCAAACACUCUCUCUAAACACUAUAUCUGGGUGUCCUUGUGUAAAAUAUAUCAAUCCCUUUGUUUAUAUUUUAACUCUUACCCACGUUAAAUUUGUCAUUAGUAUAACUCCAAUGAACCAUGUUCUUCUCUCUUAUCUGUAACACCAGGAUCCAGAGGACGCUACAAGAACAGUUCUAGUAAUCCGCUCCCUGGUGCCCGGAGGUGUAGCAGACCGAGAUGGUCGCUUGCUUCCUGGCGACCGGCUCAUGUUUGUUAAUGAAACUGAUCUGGAAGGCUCCAGUCUGGAUUAUGCAGUGCACGUCCUGAAGUCCACCGGCUACGGCCCUGUCCACAUUGGAGUUGCCAAACCGCUGCCGGUAUGCACAGAGAUUGAAAUUAUUCCAAUUUUUCUAUUUUUUUUAAAGAUGGAUUUGGUAAAUUUUGUUCAAUUUUCAUUGAAUACAGAGCCAAAUAUUAGUAAACUCACAAGCUAAAGUGGCUGGUGCUCUUGAUAAUUAAACGAGAACAUUUUCAGGGGAUGAACAUAUCAAAACAUUUUGCUUCUCCAGCAUAACAAUGGAAAAAAAUCGUGACUGUUCAAGGACUUCCCUUUCACUGAACUGCUGCACAGUUCAUAGAGGCCUACUACACCCUCAGUGAAUUUAUUUCCCAUUUUUAAACUCAAGUAGACAUCUAUUUAUACACACACACUUGCAGAUUACUUAGAUGUAUGUUUUUUCUUUGGAGUACAGGAUUUUCUGUCCUUUUUGUUGUGGACUGUGGCUUAGUAACAAGGUCCAGAGAAUCCAGUUACAGAGAGUCUGAAUAUUUAAUGCAGCUGAGAGACGAACACAAUGCUCGACCAUACCACAGAUGGAGAGAGAGGGGCAGAGGAGAAGAGGGUGUCUAAUUUACAGUCACCUUCUGUAGCCUGUUUGCUUCCAUGUAAAUUCACUCCCUGGUAAAAAAGCAGAGUUGUUUGUUUUGUAUCAUCCUAAUUUCACAUUUUUUGAAUUUCCAGCUAGAGCUGUGUGGUGGUUUGACGCCUAUAUCUGAGAGAAGCAUCCAGGUCUCCUGCGAUGACACAGAGACCCACCCUCAGGUCAGCCUGCUAGCCGAGGCUGUGGAGGCUAACAUCAACAGCUACACCUGCAACUUUGAGGACAACAGUAUUGACCACCCGUGUUACACAACGGUAUGUCAUGCAGCACAACACAAACUGAACAGCUAAAGGAAACAGAUUUGAAAGAAUGAAAACAGAUUGUUAUGGUUUCAGUUGAUCAUAUCUGCUCCCUUUUACUUUAACUGUUACAGAUCUGUACAUCAGCAUCAGCCUCACAAAAUGUCAGUUCAGAUGUCGUACUGCAGAUCUGUUUUAAGUGCAUAUUUUUGUUCUUGAAAUCAUUUAAAUACUUUUAGAGUUUCUAUUAUAUUGUGUGCAGAGCAUUUAGCGACAGAAGUGAAAGUUUUCAGACUCAAAAGCUAGUUUGUGCUCGUAAAAUCUCGCUGAGUCCUGCAGAAUUCUUCUUAAAGACCAUUUGUUUGAUGUCCAAGACUGAGCAGAAAAUAGAUAUGCAGUGACAGUUACAGUAACACUGCUGUGGUGUGAAUCUUGUCUAUCACACAGGAAGCAUUGCUCAUUUCCAUGCAAACCUGACAUUCUGUUGGUAGCCAUUUUAGCUCCUCCAGGGGAGAGGAGUGUGUCUGUGACAGUUUGUGUCCUCUGUGUGUACGCUACAGAGUGGGGAGCUUAGAGCCGACUGUAUCAGUAUCACCGGGUCAGGUAUAGAGAAAGUGCUCAGUGCCAAAGACUUGUUCAUCCAUUGUGGUCUCAACUCAAUCCUAUUGAAGCUGCCUUUUGUUCUCACUCUUGCUUAAUUACCAACAAUAGCGUCCUAAUGAAAAGCACUUAUGACUCACCCGACAUCGGCACCUGGGCCGGGACAAGGACAUACCUCAGUAUUUCCCACACAUACACACGCGCACUCACAAAAGACUCAGAGCACCAAGUGUCAGUGUUUCAUCAAAGGCUUGUUGCAAAGGUAGCUUCAGAACCUCAGUGCUGCGUGUACGUUCUCUGAAGGUUCAAAGACAAGACCUUUUUCUUUAGGAAAUGCCGGUGGGACCAGACAAGUCUGCCAUCCUUUAUGUGUUACAUCUUAGGAUUACUCCAAAGGCUUAACCCAGGAGACAUAACAGUUGUUUGAAAUAUUUUUUGUCCUACCAUAAAUCUGACUGGUUAAGGGCUUAAAUAUCAUCUUUGAAAUAUGUAUAACCUUUUUGUGGGAUCUGGAGAAAGUUACAUCACAUUAAAGUUUGCUAUAUUGACCAACAGUCAACGGCUCUCUUUAUGGCAGUACCUGUCAGACAGUCUGUUGGCAGCUUGGUUCAUCUGUAGGCUAUCUAAAGCACGGACAGCACCCAUUGGUUUGAAGAGAGCCAGUAGACGCCAAUUUUAAUCUUAAGCUCCGUCAGUUUCCAACUUCUGAUAGGUGGAGUUUGGGCCAUAGCCAUGCUGCCUCCUUCUCCUGAAAUAAGCCGUGCCCCUAAGUAUAUAACUCUCAGCCCUAAUAAAGCCAAAAGGGAUGAGUUGUAUAAAUGAAUGGGCUGUAAAUAUGUUCAUUUCUGUAAUUUUUGGCCCUAGUAGAAUCUCUUUGGCAUUUUUGCAACUAGUGGAAACUUUAAGAACUACAGAUUUACACAUUAGCUUGAAGUUACCUGAUGUUUCCACAAAGGCACAGCCCGAGCUUUAAUAUCAUGACCCACAUAAGAUGAACAAUGUCUGCUAGAGGUUAACGACUCAGAAUCAGAGCCAGUUAUGCAACAAUUACUCUGACUGUUCCUCUAGUGCCCAUGUUUUCUGCUGUACUUUCUAUCUCCCGCUAAUUAGCAUAUGCUAGCAUGCUUAAAACGCUCAGUCAUACCCAAGCCUCUUUACGAUGCUAGCCUGGCUGUAGACUUUACUUUCGUUUCAAGUAUUUGUCAUCGUCUCGUCGUGCUUUUGGUCUCUAACGCUCCCUUCUAUCUCUGUUUAAGGAAAGUGAGCUGCAUCGUCGUUUUGGCAACAUGGGAGACAACGGUAGGCAGCAAGCGCCACCCUUGCCCCCCCGCACCAGCUUUGAGAGGACAAUUACUGUUGUCCGGGGCAACCGUAGCCUUGGUAUGUUCUCCGUCUUUCUCAUGAUGAUGGUGUCUUGGUGUGUUUACGUCACUGGUAUGGCGCUAAUGACGCUAAUAGACCAUGGUGAUGAAGACUGCUUUGAAGAGGAGUGUUAAAGUGAAUUGGCCCUUAAAUCUGAGAGUGGAGAUGACUAGUGUGUGUGUGUGUGUGUGUGUGUGAGAGUGUGCUUGUGUUUGUCAGAAAGGCUGGGGGUCAAAAUAUAUAGAAGAGUUGUCAGAACUACAUUAAAAACAAUGUGUAGAGAGACUAACAGCUACUCAAACAUUCAAGAAAGAAAAGGGUCUGAGUAGUACAGGCUCAUUUUCCUCAGGGCACAAUGCAAAGCACAAGGGAUAUAAGUCAUUUGUAUUCUGGAAACAUGAUUUCAUAAGUUACCACACUACACACACACUGAUAUAUACACACAUAUAAAACAUAAGUAUCAAUCAUCAAUAUAUCUAUACAUAUAAAUAUACAGUAUUCAGUAAAUGUACUGUAUGUUCUGAAGUGUAUUCUUUUAAAGUUUUGUGUAUUUUUGCUUUAAAAUAAACUUACUUGAAUUUAAAGUAAAAACUUUAGCAUGGGCUGAGUUCGGGAUCCUUGUCGGUAAGGAUGACAAACAGCAGGAUUUUCAUUUUAAUUGAGCCUAUUGUGGUACAACUUCUUUUGUACUGCUUUAAAUUCUGCAUUUCAAUUUAUGGUGCAACUACGACCUCACGCCCAAUAGAUAGAUGCACUGUAUUUGCAGCGCGGGAUAGAUUGGUGUCACUGAUUUGCAUCCAGGGCAGAUUGUAAAGAGAAUAGUUUGAUGGACUGAAAGGAGAUCAUUUUUCUUGCCUUGCUUGUAUAAAAUCAUGAAUAUUUGCAUUUUGAGGUUUCUCUUAAAUCCAGAAUUGUAACUCCAUUUCAGUGACCGUUGGUUUGUUCUAUCUCGACAAGGUUUAAUUGAAGGCAACAUAGAUAUAUUUUCAUAUGGGGAAUUUUAUGUGAUAUUUUACCACAUAUUAAAAGUUUCUUUAGCAAUGUUAGCCAUAGAAAAAAAGUGUUUUGAUGCUGUGUUGUAGACCUAAACACGAGACAUUUAUCUCUCUACUUCAGACUUCCUCUGGUGUCUUUAAAGUUGUGUUUUUUGUUUGUUCCUGUUUGUCAGCGUCAGUAUCUGUGUCUGCAGUAUGAAUGUAUUCCAUGCACUAUGAUUGUAUUGUAAUUUGAAUGUAAUUUUAAAAAGCAAUAAACGAUCUAUUUAAUCAAAAAAAGUCAUUUCAAAGUCAUUUUUUUGACCAAUUCAAAUUAUGUACGACCAUAGUGUUGUGGAUGUGCAUAGUCCUCCAUAGAUAGAAAGAGCUAUAGACUACAGGUUGUGUGUGUGUGUACAUGCAGUGUGUGUCUGUGAGUGCGUGUGUGUGUGUGUGUGUGUGUGUGUUACCUGAUUUACUUGCUUCCGCCUGUUUGCAUUAAUGAAGUGUUUGGGUAAUCCGCCUAGUGUCCAAUUUGAUAAUGCCAAAGUCAGAUGGCCAUGCUCCUGGCAUGUGUCCCCCCUCUACUCACCUGUGCCCUGUGUGUGUGUAAUUGUGUUUGUGCACCUCUCGCUUGUGUGACUGAAGGAUGGUGCUGUGUAAAUGUCAAGCAUGUGUAGCCAUGUUUGUGUGCUAAUCUGCCUAGUGUCUGUCUUGAUUAUGCUGAUUAUGCCACUGUCAGGUGUUUGUUUGGGGAGACUGUCUGUUUGGCAUGCAUUCAAAGCAGCCUUAGCCAACCCUCCACUCACCUGUGCUCGUGUUUGUGUGUGUGUUUGUCUGUGUGUGUGCAUGUGCGUGUUGGCAGGGAUGUCGGUGAGUGCUAUCAAGGAUGGCUCAGGCAUGCUGGUGCGCAGUGUGGUCCAGGGGGGCUCUGUUAGCCAAGAUGGCAGGCUGGGGGUUGGGGAUGCUAUCUUGGCCAUCAAUGGAGAACCUACCUCCAACCUGACCAACGCCAGAGCCCGAGCCAUGCUCCGCAGACUCUCUGUCAUAGGGCCAGAGAUGAGGUGAGAUGCCAGACUCUGUCCAACAGGUUUACAGUAUUUAGAGAGAUCCACACUUUGACCUCACAGUGUAGAUCGCACAACCUUUUGUGCUGAGCUCUCUUUGGAUUUCCUGUCCUCAAUAAUCCUCAAUCUGUGUCAAAAAAGGCACAAGUUGGCUGGGUGCAUAAUACUGCGUGCGUCAUACCCUUAACAAUCUCUGGAGUGCUGCUUGAACCUUCACAGCUGCUAAUUGUUGCUAAGUAGAGAACAAUAAAUAGCUCUGACCCUCUACAUGGCAUCAUCAGGGUUUGCUGGUGUUUGAAGGUGAAGUUUCUUUUGAUUUUAGCAGGAAGUGAAAAACAAAAACUACAAUUCAGUCUUUUUUCCCAGCAGAAGUUUGGACUUGUAAUCAUUGUAGCGCAGAGGGGUUUCCAACAGCAGCACAAUGUCAGGAACCAGAAAUUGCAGGUCUAAGCUUGUAAUUUUCUUGUUUACUCCAGAGUUUUUCCCCACAUUGACAGAUCAAAGUAUCUUGUGUGUUUUUUUUCUUACCUUUUAUUAUUAUUUGGACUGAUUUGAUUUCAAAAGCAUGCAGGAGUUCUAUUAGAUUUACUCUGAAUCACAGGGCUAAAUGACAAAGAUAUCAUUCAUAAUACACAUCCAGUCUUUGAAAUGGGUCCAAUCAGGUAUAUUUGGUCAUUUGAUAUUUAUGUUGCACCUCAUUACAAAACUCUUUAUCAGUGCACUAUGCAAAAAAAAUGAUGGCUUUAUCACUAGAAAUGUGAAUUCAGCUUAGCAGGAGACAUCAUCUCCCCCUGUUCUAAAUUGUUUUUUGCAGUUUUCAUUUUUUGAGUCCCAUAUGUCUUGGUAGCUGGCAAAGUACAUUUUUAAUCUCGCUUCAGUAUUAUGAAACCAUCAGAAACUCAUCUCAGGAAAUGAACUGCUUUCAGAGGCAUUGAGGAACAGAUUUGAUUUGCAAUGAUGAUUCUCACCCCUUUCUCCCCCCUGACUGUGCCACAUCAAUAGGAGCAUUAGAUAUCAUGAUGUAAAAAUGUGAGGGAAAAAGGUUAUACUAGGGUUCAUAGGUUAUAGGACUGUAUUUUCUGAGUAAAGUCCUUUUUGACUCUCCAUUGUUUUUUAAGAGAAAGGAUUCAAAGUUCGCGUAAAUGGCACUGCUGCAAUGUUGUUCCACAAUCCAAAAGCGAGGUUUAUUCGCAGGCUGAGUUCAGCACACAAAAGGCAGUCAGAAAAAGGCAGAGGUAUCUAACACAUGAGACAAAAAGCAAGGUCAAAAAACAGGCAAGAAUCAAAACACGACUAUAACUAUAACUAUGGAAGAAUGUUGGAACGUGAACUAUGAAGGACAACGAACUGGCAACAAGACGAACACAAAAGGGAUUAUAAUACACAAGUUAAUGAGGUGUGAUUAGACACAGGUGGGGAAGACGCAAUCAGGGGCCAGGUGCACACAGAUGAGGAGGGGGCAGAGCAGAAAGAAACCUGAAACAGAGACAAUGGUGAGUGAUCUUAAAAUGAAACAGGGCGCUCAAAACAUGAAACAUCAAGAGAAAAAGAAAUCACUUAACACUAGGGCGGGACGAUCUGGGAAAAAGUUUGUCACAAUAUACACACAUGAACGGACUUUGGCAGUACCUAUUUCCUCAACUUCUGUGACACAUUUUUUCACAUCUUUUUCAUUGUUUUAAAAUUUUCUUGGUAAAAUGUCCUUUAGUGAAAGCUAUUUUAUGGAUGUUUGUAUUCAAAACAGACAUAAAAGCCAUUACCAGAGAAAUCUGAAGUACCGUGAGACAACUCAUGUAACUUAGCAAGGGUCAAAUCUGAUAUUAAACACUGAAAAUAUGGUAGCAGGUGUUGCCAGCACAAAACAAUAGGUCUUAGGCAGAUAAAAAUGGACAGAGGCCCUUCCAUCAUAAACUGCUUCUUUUGGAUCUCUAAUCUUGAAAUUUGGUAAAAGAGCUGCAACUAAAAACAGUUAACUUAGGUCUGACGUGCAGGGGGGAUAAAAUACACUUAAAACUUGUGAGAGGAAGAUUUCAUUUCAAACAUGUGCGUGCUACACAAGAAAGUAAACUGAAAACAAACAAAACCAAUGACAGUAUUCAAAACAACAAUAACAAUAAUCAAAGCAAAAAAGUAAAAAAUACUAAUAUUAAUUAUGCAAACCCAGUAUGUCUGAAAAAGAGUAGGAUGAAGCAUUAUGGUUUUUUUUUAAAAACUACCCCUUCUCCUCUACUCAAUAAACAGUCAGUCUUCAACAUAUUUACAUUAUAUCAACAAAAAAUAGAACAUAAAUAGAAUAAAUAAGCACAUUAAUCAUUUAUGAAAACACCCUAUGGUUAAAGCCCGUCUUCCUCCCUGUACUUGGUGAGAACCAUGUUUUUGUACCACUUUUAAAACUGGGUCAUGCUUGGACAUUGCUUGAGGUCCACAUCUAAUCUGUUCCCUAACCUUAUUCCACAAACAGAAACACAAAACGUUUUAAUGUUGUACAUGCCCGCUGAUGCUUUAAGUUAAAGUCCCCCCUCAGAAGAUAACCCCCAGCUCUGUUAAAAAACAAUUUUUGGAUAUUUAUAGCUUUGUACAUGAUUUGUGCUGUAUGAAAGUGAACCAGGUCAGUGAAUAAUUUUCAUAGUCCUGCUACAUUUAAAGCCAGUUGCUUUGCUUUAAAACAAAGAGAGGUGAGAUUUUCCUAUAGAAAGAUUGAGAAGAGCUCUAUCGGGAAUGCAGUGAACAAUCAACCUCAGACAAAAAGUAAUUGAAUCCUGCUCACAUUUUCUAGACGUACUCAUGCAGAUCCUGACGGUCUGUGUGCCUCGACUGAGAGAACGUGUGUCCUAAAUAUAAGUAUGACUCCAUACACAAACAGGACUUUGACUGCAUCGUCUUGUGUAAAUGAUCUCACUCUGGAUCUCCAUCACCACCUUGUUUUUGACUCUGCAGUCAGAGUUGACUGAGGCGCUGCAAUCAUGCUAAAUUAGAUUAGAUGAUGAAAUUUUAAAGAUUGCCCAAGGGGGAAGUGGGUAAAUUAUUACUUGCUCUAACAUCAGCAGUUAUGGCUCCACAUUGACAAUGCUUGUUUGGUUGAUUGGAGAUGUGCCCCACCUCCACUACCCUGCCGCCCUGCAAAACACCCACUCGCUCUCUCUCCAGCUCUCUGUCUCUCUCUCUCUCUCUCUUUCUCUCUGGCUUUUACAGGCACGUACAGAAGCACAGUAAUACACACACAUACACAGACUUUCAAUGGUCUAACCUCCAAAAACACCUUUUUCCCAGGAUGGGAAAUAUCUCUGAAUAAUUCAUCACUCAUCUCACCUUGAACAGUGUGCUUCUGAAUAAAAGAGCUUUUUAAAGAGCCUCUUGUAGAUACACACACACACACACACACACACACAGAUGAACACAUACACAUGCAUUCUGUAUCUCCUCUCUCACAUGCACACAGAAAAACACUCAGCCGCGCACACUGCCUCCUCCUGAUAGCACUGCAGACAAACUAGCAGAGGAGUGGAGGCAGAUGAGUUGCUUUGGCCGUCUCAGAAUAAGACAGACAUAGAAGGGUGAGGGCUUGUCACUAUCAAACUGCCUCUGUUGAGACAAGACAGGCUGUCUGCAUGGCUCAGUCACAACAGCUUAGCGUAGAAGACCUCCAUAUUCAGUCUGCCACCAUGAGUGGAUGAGAGAAUUUGGCUCUUUUAGCUGAUCCAAACAGCAUGUCUUCUGGUAGCGUCACACAAGAAUGGAAGCAGGAGGGGGAGGCAUUAAUGAUGUCCUUGACACUUGAGUUAAACGACAUCAUUUACACCAUAGCUUACAUAGAUCCAGGCUUAUGCAAAACACAAAUUACCAUAAUAUAUAUUUUUUAAGAAACCUGCUGUCAUGAUUAAAAAAAAUCUACUUUUUAGUGACAUUUAAAUGUACAUUUUCCUCCUUUUUUUCUACAUUUAAAAGUGGUGUUGAAGAGGCGGUGCACAUGUAUAAUUUUAGAGCUCUUUAUAACAUCUGACACGCAAGACAGCAGCCUCAGCGAGUGGUCGUUGAUGGAUUAUAUUUCCAGGUCUUAGAUAAUUAUUUAGCAUUAUUAAAAUGUGCCUCAGGUGUCAGCUUACACCUCAGGUAGUGUGUUAGAGCAACUGUUAAGAAAGACUGUCUGAAGAAGUAAAUCUAAAACUGUUGAGAACUAGAAGUUAACCUACCCUAAAAUUCACAAUAUCAUCAGCACCAGUACCUAAAACACAAACUGGUUUUGAGCAUCUCUCUCUUUCUGCGUGAGGGUUUAGCUAUGUCCAGUAAAGUCUGCAAUUUGUAGUUUCUGUGGGGCUUUCUGUGUAUCUCUGCUCAGAACCAUCUGAUCUCACUAAAAGUUAAAGGGAUACUCCAGCAUAAAAUUGAUUUAGGGUCAAACACAACGCAACACCGAAUUAGUCAUCACAUUGAGAGGUGAAUGUUGCCGACUGCUUGCUUCUCUAGUUAUACCAACUUUAGUAACGGCCGCACAAUAGCAAUACACAGCGGUCUGAGGAGCUAUAAACAAACCUUAACCAAAACUCCACUCUAUAGCUACAAAUAAUGAUCAGAACAGCACCUAACUUCAUCAACAGGACAUAAAGGGUCUUAGCCAUAGUACUAGCCACCAAACAUCUUUUUAACUUUGCCAAAUUUCUUUUGCAAAAAGACUAAACACAACUCACCCACUCUCUUCCAGCAGCCGCUUGCUUGUAGCGAGACCUCAGGCCAGUCCAUUUAUGAUAAAGAAAUGGUCAUAAAUGUUCUUCCUUGAGCUGUGUCACCCCGCUGUAGUCCGUAAUGGACUGGUCCGAGGUCUCCAUAAAAACAAGCGGCUGCUGGAAGAGAGUAGGUGAGUUGUGCUUUGUCGCUUUGCUUAAGAAAUUAGGCAAAGUUAAAAAGAUGUUUGGUGGCUAGUGCUAUGUCUGUGACCCUAUAUGUCCUGUUGAUGAAGUUAGGUGCUGUUCUGAGCAUUAUUUGUGUCUAUAGAGUGGCGUUUUGGUUAAGGUUUGUGUAUGGCUCCUCAGACCGCUGUGUAUUGCUAUCGUGCGGUCGUUACUUAAAAUGGUAAAACUAGAGAAGUAAGCAGUCUGCAACAUUCAUCUCUCGAGGGGAUGUCUAACUCUGUGUUACGGUGUGUUUGACCCUAAAUAUUGUUUGACGCCGGAAUAUCCCUUUAACGAUCCUGCUAGCUUCUAAGUGAUAGUGAGCUCAGCCUGCAGUUCCUUUGAUAGUUUUAACCCUUGACUUGUUUUCUUAAGGUUCAGGCAUCUUUUCAAUCGAAACAGAACCCUCCCAGACUUCACUACUAAAAAACAUUUGUUCACUUUUGGAGAGUAAAGUACUAUAACCUUAAAGUAAAGAUUCAGUCCCAACAUUUCAGGCUGACAGUUUUUAACUGUUUUGUUAUCUAAGACCACAAAUUUGUAAAAUUUUACGAUAUAUAUGUGGAUUACUGCUUUUAAAUAUUUAUAAACAAAAAGAUGUUUAGGCCUUUACACUUAAGAAAUCAUGUUAAGUUACAGUGCCAAACAAUGCAUUGCUGUAUGAGCUUUAGAGAUACAAAAAAACAGAUUCUUGUUCCUUCUGAUCGAGCCAGGUUAGUUGUUUUUUUUCCCCAGCUCUAGUCUAACCUGACAAAACCAGCUUGAGGCUGUGGCUGUAUAUUUACAGUACACACCUAAGAGGAGUAUGAUUCUUUAUAUAUAAAUGUCAGUAAGAGAGGAGAUGAAGGAUUUUUCCUGGAACAUAAGGUCACCCUUUGAACCAUAUCAUUUUAUUAUUCUCUCCUUCACUGGCAGAGGUAAUAAUCAAUCCUGUGUAGAAACUGUUCAUUUUUCUUGUUCUUGUCCGCCCCUUCCUUAGUUUUCUGAAAAGUUUCACAAAUGUGCAGCUGUGGAAACGCAGUGAUCAGGAAAGUUUUGUUCACAUUAAUACUCUGAUUUUUUUUUUUUCCACUCCCCCUUUUUUCUUCUUUUCAUACCCCUUACCCCCAGUAUAACCUAUGUCCCAGCCCACCAGGUGGACGAGCACCGCAGCCGUCUGUGUUUACCUCCCCUGGCAUCCAUCUUAGUCGACAGCAGCCCUCCCUCCCCAACUCUACCACCCCCUUCUCCAGAAGCCGUCUCGACCUCAUCCAGACCCCCGGGUCCGGUCAGAGCCGUGGAACCUGCGGAAACCUCAUCUGCCCUCAAACCCUCAGCCUCGGUCAAAGUUAAAUCUGCAGCUUCAAAUCCAGCAGCUGUCAAAGCCUCUGCUUCAUUCAGCACUCCCUCCAAAGGUUCAGCCAUGGUCCCAACCAUCAGACCCGCCUCUGACUCAAGGUAGUGUAAGAUUCAGAGGUCUCAGCCUGUUAUUUAUGGUCACCUAAUCCUUACUCAGGCCCCCUGAGAAGGAGAUAAACCUUUCUCAGGGUUUAUAAGACUUCAAGGCUCCAGUUUACUACAUGUUGUUUGCUGCAGAGAAUUCACACUUUGAAAUGUUCUAUAUGCUCCGUCUGAUGGGAGUUCUUUCAACGUUUCCACCCUAGGCUUUUGCUUUUUACAGCAGCCAUGGUUUUUAUGACUGUAACACAUCAGACAUUUCAAUUACCUGGCAGAUCAAGUCAUGCUACUGAUCUGAGUUAUUAUAUGACGCUUUAAUUAACCGUAUCUGUGAGGAAACACUGUGUUUUAAUGUGUGUCUGCAACAAGCUCCGUGCAAGUCUCUCUCAGUCUGUAAUUUCCCGUCUCCAUUUUUCUCUCUGGUAAAGGCACAAGCUUUUCUGAAUGUUGAAUCUCUGAGUUAUAUUUAGCCGUUCGCUUAUGGAUCUCAGUGCUGACUGUCAGCGAAAAUGAAUUGUUUCGCCUCUGUCUGUCGCUGCCUUCGCUCCAUCUUCUUGCCUCUGCUUUUCUCCUCCCUCCCCUCACUCCCAUUUCUCUCUGCAAGCCUUUUCUCCACUCUUAUCUUUCAAUACAUUGUCUCCUCCUCUGCUAGACUUCUCUCUUGACUCUUUGUGUCUACAUCUGCCUCUCAUCUCUCUCUCUCUCUGUCGGUCAUCUCGCUCUGCUCUUUUUCUCUUUACCUCAUUUUCGCCCCUCCUCCCUGCCUCGUUCCUCUCCCCCUCCUCUCUCCUGGCUGCUCUCUUUCAGGCCUGGUGGAACCAUUUGUUCUGGCCUCUUCUGUAACUUAACUGGCUAUAGGCUCCUGCUGUGCAGAUAGCACCACUAUCACUCACCUCCAUGGGCUUAUUACAGCCCUCUACCGUUAAAUAUAUUCAUGAAAAAUUCUCCCCUUCCCUACCUGUUUCUUCCGCACUUUCACACAGACACACACACACACACUUUCACACACACAAACUAUAUAUACAAAGAUACUCUCUCUAUAUAUAUUUAUAUAUGUGUGUUAACACCCCCACACACAGAUGCACACAAAGACACUACCUUAAUGUGACCCUGCUGGUAGAAAACGUGUAUUUUCAGGGCCAUUUGGACCCAAAGCAGUACAUCUUCUCAAGGCCUGCCUAUAAAAGUUACCAAUGGCCGAGUGUCACAGCGUGUCAGGACUUGAAAAAAAAUAACAACUUCACCAAGAUACCUUGUUAUCCUCAGCAACUCUGCAAGUGUGAUUGAAUAAAAUGGCACUUUUUCCACAGAGUUGGAGCUCAGACUUACCAUUAUUUUCACCUGCGGGUAAUCCAUGGAAUUACUUUUCAGAUCUAUAGGACCCAAGACAUCAGAAAACUGGAAAAUACGGUUUAAGAAUGAUUUAAUGGUUUGAAAUAGUAUUUUUAGAUACUUCCAGUACAAAACCAGACGUUAAACUAAAAUGAGAAGGAGAUGAAAGCAGAAAAUCAAGCAUCUGAGGGAGCUAGAACAAAGACACUGAUGAUUUGUAGAUUAUAAAAUCUAUUUUUUCUGUGUAGAUAAACUCAUCUUUAAAUCAGUUUAUCAAUACAGUGUGCUAUUUGAUAAGUAAUCCUUCUAGUAACAGAAUCUUAAUGUAGAAAAUGACUUACAAAUUUGAGAAAUGUACAGGUCUUGAUUUUUUUCCAUAUUAUAUCGCCAAUAAAUCCGAAUUCCUACUGUUACUUUUUCUUUUACUGUCAGCUGGCGGAUCCCCAAGCCUUCACUUUUCUUAAAAAUGGAGGAAGCAAAAGGAUUUGGUGAGAUGGUGAAGGACAAAAAAGACAAAAAGGACAACAGUGGUGGAGAUGUGAAAGCACCACAGCCAGAGUUAAAGGUGGACGGUCAAUGCGAGGGAGACGAGGAGUUUUACUCUCAUACAGCAGUCUCAUGGGAUCAGCCCAGAAGGUUAGUGAAUCUGUGAUGUGAGUAUUAAGGCGUUUUUUUUUUUUUUCCCUUUGUCAUUAGAUUUUUUUUCAGAUUUUCCAUUUUCACCCGCUUUAUCUAAACUCUGCCCGUGAUGUCCUUUAUCCUCCCUUUGCCCGAGAAGGCUUAGCCAAAUCCUCAUGUACUCGGGUUAUUUUCACAGGAGGGGUAGAGUAGCACCAGUGCGGACUCAACAGGCUCAUAUUUCUCUAGCCUGGAGAAAGCGACUACUUUCACACUGUAUUUAUCGUGUUUAUGAUUGCAUCCCGCUUGGAUAGAUCAUAUAAGCUGCACUGCAUGCAAAGAUGGGCUUUUGUGGGUCUCUCUCCUGGCAGGUAUAAUAUUCUAUUGUUUUGACUUAAUCUCUGAAACUGUAUCCUCUGCUCAAGGCAGAGGAUAUGGAGUGAAAGAAGACAAUAAAAAAAACACAAACUAGUUUAUUCCUCCUUCUUGUGCAUUUUCGCAGUCAUGCUUCAAACCCAGAAGGGCUUCAUGAGGCGUAAAAAAAACAUAAUUUCAUCAUCACCCUACACAUGCUGUAAGAAGGGCGCUCUACUCAACUCGAAUAUGUGUGGACUUUCCUUGUCUCCUGCUGUGUGUUCUAGUGUGCGGCUGACUCGAGCACCAGGUCAGUCCCUGGGUAUCAGCAUAAUGGGAGGCAGAGGCAUGGGCCGCAGACUGAGCAGUGGAGAGAUGAUGAGGGGAGUCUUCAUCAAGAGCAUCAGCCCCGACAGCCCGGCAGCGCAUAAUGGCACCCUCCGGACUGGAGACAGGAUACUGGAGGUGUGUGUAUGUGUGUGCAUUUGAGUGUGUCAGUGCCUGACUAUGUGUAACACAGAGAGAAGAGGAAACUCAGCUAUUAGAAAGAGCAGAAGGCAAGAGUGCGUGUGUGUGUGUGUGUGUGUGUGUGUUUGUGCAGUGUAAAUGUGAGAGAGAAAGAGAAAGAGGGAGAGAUUUAAUGCCUCUAUACACUUGAUAAGUGCCUGUAAGUGUUUUUCCUUUCUUUUUCUUUUAGCUGCGUGGGCAUUUGUUCAUAUUCUUGUCACUAUUGCUGUGUUGCAGCUGAAUAUGUUAUCACAGAAUGUGAUAAAAACAUGGCUGUAGUUACAGCAACGCCACCCAGUGAUUUCUGCAGAGGUGUUAGCAAGUCCAAAGACGUUGGUCACCGUAUUGGAAAUGCUAAAUCUAGCUAACUCUUGGCCAAGCUGGAAACAAACUAAAGAUGGAGCUUAGGCUGUGUAGCAAUCAGCAACACUACGUCCACUUACAAAAUUCAAUCAGCAACUGACUUAAAGCUUCUGUAAGGAGUUUUUAAUAGGCUAUGAAAUGGGCUGAAAUGAACAGUAAUGCAACUCUAUGAUGUAGAAAAGCCAAUGGGACCAAUGAUGAUAAAAUUGACAAUGUCUAUACUAUCAUUUUUAAGUGCUGUGAGGGGGUAGGUACACUUAAAAAAAACAGCUGUAGUUACUUUACCCACUGCAAAAUAUUCAAGAUGGUUCAUAUAUUUGAUUGUAAAAAGACAGUACAAGACAGCAAUAUCGUUAUAUUACCAAAUGUCAUCAAUGAGUAAUAGCUAUUGACUGAUAUUGAAAGCUUUUUGUAUAUACACCACAAAAAAAGAUGCUUCUUUAAUGGGAUCCUGCUUACCCCACCUUUAACAGCACUUUCCUACAAAAUCAUCAAUAAUAGGAGUUACCAUUUUGUCCACAGGGGGCGCCAAAGUCAACAGAGACUGAAAGUUCCUCACAGCACCUUUAAAUAUAACCAAUAAUGCACAACUCUUUACAAAAGGAUACUUAUCUCCUGUAUUAUCAUGAAUGAUAGAAUAAGCCAUAGAUGUUAAAUUCUGUAGUAAAAUGGCCUCGGAUGUAAUUGACCUGGAUUAUAGAACCAGUCUGAGGUGGUCUCACCCCAAAGAACCACCUUUUUCUGGCAAGUGAUUCAUUUUUGCUUCAUUAAAAUUUUUACACUGCUGCACAGAAAAAUCACUAUCUCCUGUAAGUCCAAGUUUAUAAGUUUUGCCAUGUUCCACUUUAAUUGAGCUACCUUGAAAUUGGAGGCAAUGUCACAGCUUUUAAAGGAGAGUACAGUACUCACACCAUUUAACUGCACGGUUAAAAAUAACAGUAUGAGAACAGAUACGUCAGCAAGUUUUCUCCAUAUGACAAAAAAUGCAUCUUAGAAAUACGUGGUCAUUGUCAGGUGAAUAAUUUGUGUGGAUAAUGAGUCUGCAGCGUUAUUAAAGCUGAUAAUUGAUCAGAUUUGUGGCAUUGAAAACACCAUUUUUUCUUUCUUAGUGUAUUUUAUUUGUCUAAAGUUCUUAUUUUCCUUUUAAAAACAAGACAAUGCAUUUAGGUAAACACCCACUCUGUGUUUGUUGACAUUCCCAAGGUGAGUGGUGUGGACCUACGAGAUGCCAGCCAUGAGCAGGCCGUUGAAGCCAUCCGUAGGGCAGGAUACUCUCUGGUCUUUCUGGUCCAGUCUGCACAAAAGAGAUCCCAGGUAUUGUCUUCCAGAAAACUGCAAACGGCUAUUAACUAGCAUAGAUGCCACUCUUGCAUGAAUGUGAACACUGCAGUUUAGUAGCACUGGGUUGUUUUAUGCUGAUUCAACCUUCAACAGAUACAAACAGAAGGUGCAGUUUGCUGUGUUUUGUCGGACAGCUCCAUCCGAAGUUUCUGUAAGGUUAUGUGUGGAAGGUUGUAGCAAGACAGCAUUAUGCCCUCUGGAUACAGAGCGUAUAAGAUAACACUGGAUGUACCAUUUGAGGCAUUUUGGUUUCACAGUCAUAUAGAUAUUCAUCUGCCUACUCUGCAUCUUGUGUUUCACCCACAGUCCCCUAUGCUUAACAACCACGAGAGACUAACUUCAACAGCGCAGUCCAACUCCCACUGCAGCAAGGUAACACUGAUCUACCAGAUACUUGGAGCACCGGCGCUGCUGCGUACUGUUUUAAGAAGAUAAAAUGUGAUUACAAAUAGGUAGCCUGGAAAGUUUUCUACUGAGAAGUGUGUACGGUGUUCUGUGCUCUAAGUGGAAGAGCAUCAAGUUAUUUUUUAUAUUCUGAAGGUCGUGACCACUGCUUUAGUUUUCACUGGAACAGAUGACAAGCUGUAAAACCCUUUUUCGUCAGUUUCUGUUCCCACACGCUUACUGAUGUUUGGCUGUGUAUCCAGUAUUGUAUGGAGAAUGUUAUGUAUACGCUACAUUAUAUAUAGAGGGAUGAGUCAGGGACACCCACAUGGUAUUCCAAAAGGAAAGCUUAAAAGGGGGUUUUUGGAGAGGGAGAGUUUUGUUGUUGUGGUGGUGAUGUUUUUAGCACGCCUCCUGUGUUUCCCCUCCUGAUCGUAGGAAUCAGAGAAGCUCAGUGGUCUCUUCCUUAGUCUCUCCCCAACAAACCCCUUCACUCCCACCCCCUUUAAGGUUAGUACAUCUUUGUGUGUGUGUGUUUGCAUGCGAGUGAGUGUGUUAUCAUGGGUAUGCAGCAUCUCUAAAGAACUCUCCCAUUAGCAUUUGCACCAAGCCAACUUCCAAAAAUUAAUUAACGUGCAUAUUUGGAGAUAGAGCUCAUAUAGUUCAAAGUCCCUUGCAGCUACCUUGUUUGUUUAAACCCUUUGUUUUUCUCUUUGGUGGAGAUGCCUAACUCUCUAAAUAGACAGCACAUUCGUUUGAUGUUAGUUUUCCUUGCUCUUGUAAGAUGGUUACAAAAUAAUGCAUGAUUCUGGUCAUCUUUCAUGUUAUUUUUAGCUAGCAUUAAAUCUGUGUUCAUUAAUUCAUCCUGUUCAUCAGCUUUUCUACUGCUACAUCAAGCACAGUGAAUAAGCCUCAGGGGUAGUCCGACUCACGCCUGAAGGACCCCUGAGGCAUCGCCAACUCUUGCCUGUUCAAUAAUGCAAAACUUCUCCCAAAGGUACCUUCCCCGGCGUUGGAUAGAAAGCAUCGGAGGGGCCCGAUAACAGUCACAACACCAGUCACACCCGCAGCUGGGGAUGAAGACAGCACUAGCAGGGGUAAGUCUGCACCAUAAAGAUGUCAAACUGACAUACACAUGGAUACUCCAAAGCCCCCAGAAGGAAGAGCUGUGAGCAGAAAUAGGUCCCCACCCACCCUCACCAUGUCACAGAGUGAACCUUGGUUAAAGUAGGAAGAAGCAGCAGAUACAGCUUUAAAGGCAUGGUUGACGAUCUGAGAAGCAGUUAGAAAAACUUAGCCGUUGAGGCAGAUUUGAAAAAAGCCUCUAUCCCCCCACAAAAACCCUUCCCCUCUGUGCUCCACGAUAACCCCCCCUCCCCACGACACACCCCCUCUGGCAGAGCAAGAAGUCAGCCGGCAGAAGAUCCUAAGAUAGCUUCAAACAGGAUUCACCAUAUCGGAUUGCUAGUGACUAGUGGCAGUAAACACCAGCUCUGCUAGCGAGCACCGUCUGCAGCUGCCUGGACAGCUACCAUGUUGACAUUGCAGAGACUAAAAUUAGACUAAAAACAGGCAAAAAUUACCUGUUCAACAAAAACUCUGCUGUCUUGGUGUCUGUUUUCAGGCCCAAAUCCUGGCGGAGCUUUCUCCACCACUCCAAGGAUGACCCAAUGUUUAUUCGCGUUAGAUUCCUCGCUUGGUCAAAUUUUCUCUCCGACUCUGCUUGCAUUUUCUUACCACUUUAAGAAGUGGGGCAAGCAGAAAUGUUUAUUUUUUUACCGUCCUUCUCCAUCACAGCUCCUGUAGCUAAGCUGCUACUCCACUUUUAGCUGCUCAGAGCUCCGUGGAGGACCAGGAGAGUGGGAGGGGAUGAGUCGUAACUACGGGAGAGGGGCGUGUCAAAUACAGCGAGGUGAUUGGAUGGAGAGGUGGAGCAGGAGAUUGACCAAUAGGAGCUGUCCGGGACGGAUGGCUCCCAUUGGUCAAUGUUUUUACAGCCCUGCACCUGCUAGGAUAAACAGAUUUUUCCAUCCUUUUUUCUCCUCACUUUGUGGAGAUCGCACUAUAGGACCAUGAUCGUCAUGACAACAAGGUUCAUAAUAAUUACUAAUCUUUCCAAUCGUCAACCAUACCUUUAAGCAUUGGGGCAGACUCCCUUCACCCUGAUGAAACACAAAUAAUGAUCAGUUUACAAAAAUAAGCAUUUAGAACAACAGCAUCUUCGUUUGUAUGAAAUACUGGGUGUGCAGUCCAUUCUUUUAAUCAUAUGUUUGCAAUCUGUUCAUCUCCUGUAAGUUGAUGACCUCUUUAUGUAAAAUACUUCAUAAUCAAAAAACACAUGCUAUUUUCUUUAUUUUUUUUAUUUUUUUAUUUUUUGCAACACAAUGCAUUUUCACAUCCAACAUUUUCACAAUUAUGGGUAUGCAUACAUCUACAAUUUAAUACAUCCUCAGUUAAAUUGAAAAAAAAAAAAGUAAGAGAAUGCACUGUAUCUUUACAUUACUCUUGACUUUAAAUCCUUUAGUAUACCCCUUUUUAAAAGUAUUUCUAUUUUUUAUGGCUAUUAAAAUAGGCAAUAAUAGAAUUAUAUACAUCCAGAGAGAAGGUUAUACAAGAGAAAGAAAAUAAAUAAAUAACUCAGACAGGCAGCCGCAGUGUAAAUAUUUCUAAAUGAAGAUUUUCAAAGAAGAAAAAAAACACAAAAAACAAAAACAGAAACAACCAAUGUACAAAUAUAGUAUAUAUAUUCCUUCAAGUUAAUAUGUUAAUAAAAUCAGGUCUCAGUGGUGUGACAUAUUGUUCCCAUCUAAACUUGUCCAUGUUUAAAUUUAAAGAGAAGGUGAUCUUUUCUCAACAGUCAAGUCUAUCCAGUCAUUUAUUGUUGGUACAACCUGCAUCAACCAUUUCUUUGUAAUAGCCUUUUCCCCUGUGGCAAGUGAAACACCAAACAAGUAUUCAUCAAUAACUUCAACAUCAGGGGACAUGUAAGCUAAAUACAGAGUUUUAAAAUCACGCAUGCUGUUUUCAACGUUGGAAAGUGACAGGUUGAAUUGUGACACUUUCAUUUUCAGAGAUUCAGCCGAAAACAAAUGCCUCACAUGGCCUCCUUACACAUGCUUAGUAAGCAAGCUGUGGUGCAGACUUGCUGUUGGAGGGUCUAACAACCCACUCUAACACCACACUCAGAGGUUUUGAACAGCACUCCAUGAGGCGGACCCUCCACGCAAACAUGAAAACAGCAUGAAAGUGUGAAAGGGAGAGGGAGUACAAGGUGGUUUGAGAAAGCUGUAAUUACAGGGUCCGUAGAUUAUUCUCUCUAGCCCAAAAAGAGAUAAUGCUACACAUCCAAGAAUAAGAAUGCCAGAUUCUUAAACACAUUGAGAAAUUACUCUUUGAGUUUUUACAAUCAGGAAGAGUGUUAUGAGUGAGAUAAAAGCCCCCAAAAGCCAUUUUUUACAAGCCAUUCAAAUUCAAGGUCAACCAAAGCUAUGAUAUGUUUGUAGAGUUAGUUAUUUAUCUGUAGUUGAAAAUUAACCUUGAUCUGUUGAUUCAAAUAUUUGAUUAUGCACAUGCAUGCUAAAAAAGAAAAGAAACCUUCUCAUAAAUACAUGAAACAAUGGUGCAGUUACAGGUCAUAAACUCCAUAGGGCACAUUUAUAAGAGACUAUCUCAACCAUGCUCAUUAACAUAUAUGUUAAUACGUAUGAGUCAUGCAAAUAUUUGUGCUCUUUUGCAAAAGCACGUAGAUAAAAACACAGCGUGCACACACAGAUUAAUUACCAGGCACUCAGAAACCCACACAAGCAUGGUUUCAUCAUCUUUAUUUAACGAUAAGGAGCACGUGCACCCAUACAAAUGCCCACACAUGGCUCUUCUCUUGGCAAGAGCCAAAUCCAGUCAUUCUAUAUACAGUAUGUGCUAUAUACAAAAACACAGACAUCUGUCACCUUUCCUUCAACAUGACUGACAUCAUCCCUUCUGGACAAAUUGCAGCAACACACACUCACACAGAGCUCCUCCGGGCUGUAAUGCCUCCUCUUCACAUGAAGUGUCAGUCAUUACACAUAGUGUUCCACACCUCCCUUUUUUAUGUGACGUACCCAUCAUGUCUUUCUCCUAACAGCCUCUUGUUGGUUAUUUUUGCCUCUCCCAGAAAAGAUGCUUCAGCGUUAUGGUAGCCUGUCUGGAAAGCUCUGUAUGAUUGAGCUGGAGAAGGACCCUGCGGUACAUGGCCUGGGAAUCAGCCUCAGAGGGAAUGAGGAGGGUUCCAGGGCCCGCAUGGGUGUCUAUGUGGCAGAUAUAGACCCCCAAGGGCCGGCUGGUUUAGACGGGAGGAUAUGGGUUGGAGAUGAGCUUCUAGAGGUAAGAGGGAGAUUAACAGAUGGGAUGUUUUUUUUCUUUCUUUUAGUGGGUGGGAAGGAACGCAUUCCUGGAGAGAGACAAAAUAUCAGAGUCAAAACUGAGAGCAGCAUAAAGGGAGCAGUGGGUUGUGGGUAGGAGGCAUGGAUGAGUAGACAGCGUUGAGUACCAGCAUAGUAGAUUUAUCAGACAAAUUACCAUUUGAAAGAUGGCUGAUGCUGGGCUUGAUUCUUACAACGAGCAUCCAUGUAAUAGAGAUGAUGAGGAAAAUCGAGAAGCUGCUGGCAGCCAAAAAGGGGGAGGGGAGUUAGAAGAAACAGGGCUGAAUAAGAGGAGGAUUUGGGGAUGGGUGAGAUCAACAAAAACAAACUGAUGACGCAAAUUAUGACCUGAUUUUUCUUCCAGAUCAACGGUCAGAUUUUGUACGGCCGGAGUCACCAAAACGCUUCUACCAUCAUCAAUAACGCUCCAGCCAAGGUCAAGAUAAUCCUCAUAAGGUAACAGGUGCAGAGGGAGGUUUUUGUUAGUGUCACAUUCCAGUUAUAUCCUUUUAAUUUCUUACUAUUAUUUGUUUUUUUGUAUUGCUAGGAAUAAAGCAGCUUCAGGUGAAAUAACCCUGGGGUCCAGGAUGGAGUGUGAAAAUGCAGUCGACUCCGGAAAAGACUCUGUAGGGUGUGGAGGAUUAUCCAGAGACAUCCAGCACAUCAUCUUACCUCAGGUGUUAUACCUUGGCUUUAACCAUCGUCAGGUCUUCUGCUGCCUGCAGAGUGGCAGCAAAAAAAAAAGUCUACAUGCAUAAGGGAAUAAAAGCGCUGCCCACAUCAUUCUGAGUUUUGGAUAGCAAAUACAGAUCCUGCAUGAAAAAUUAUAAUAAUGCUUGGUUAAUCUUGUUUUGCUUUUGUUGUCUGCUUGCCAAUAUCCUUCAGGACCACAUUGGUCUUGGCAUCUGUAUGGCUGAGGACGAGUCCAAAGAUGGAGUGGUUGUCAGGUCCCUAAUCCCGGGUGGCACGGCCAGUAAGGUGCGACAUUAUCAGAAGCAUUCUCAUCAUCUGUAUCAAUAACAGGAAUCAGUCUACCUUUGUAGGAAAAACUGCUCUAAAUGAAGUCUGAAUAAAUCAUCACUUGUUUAUUUAUUAUUAAUAAGCAGCCAUAGUUUGGCUUGAGGAGAAGCACUUUUCAGUUGUACCCAACAGAAAUAUAGUCGCCUCUGUCAGAGUGUAAUUUUGCAUUAUUAGAUCAUUAUAACUGAGGCUUUCACCCUCUUGCAUUUCAGCUACUGUAAAGAAAAAAAAAAGCUUCUGUUUUGGUCUCAGAGCUUUUAACCCCUUACAUCACCAGAUGAAAUUUUUGAUCGUUUGGCUUGUACUAAAGGUGACUGCUCACUAAGGGCAUAGGCUCCCAGACUUGGGAAGUCCUGUAUUAAAACUAGGGAUGCACCGAUCCACUUUUUUCACCUCCAAUACAGAUCUCUACAGUUUAGUAUUGGCCGAUACUGAUCCAAUUCUGAUACAGAAAAGCCGCGCUGAAUUACCUUUUUGUUGUGGCCUAAAGUUUUACCACUGGCCCUCGGAACGUUUCGGUACUGCAAGAGGCCGUCGAGUUUGUAGGCUGAGGUAUUGUGAUAAAGUUCAAGAUAGCAGACCCCUUUGCUGACUCGUUUUGAAAACAAUGUGUGCAUCCGCUCAGCCUGGUUACUCGUGGAUGCCACUCACAGCACAUAACGUAGAGUUAGACUGAAUAGAUCGGCCCCUGUGCAUCGGGCCCAUUGUCACGAUACUUUUAGAUCAUCCUAUGGCAUUGAUUGCCUCAUGUUUGAAUUUAUCUGUGAGUGAUGUUUUUGAAUGUGGAAGAGCAUCUUCCCCCAGUUUGUUGUUCACCAAUAUCGGGUUAAAAAAAUACACUAAUUGUAUUCAUUUACCUUUCUUCUUGUUCUUUGAUUACCGUUAUUUUUAACAAUUUAUGUCAAAUAUAAUAUUAUAUCAAAAGUAUUGAUCUCCGAAAAAACCCAUCAUCUGUCAAAAAAGUUGUAUAAGUAGAAAAUUUUGCCUCUAAAAUGGAGGUGCUUUGUAUUCCAACCUGUUUUUCUUAGCAGCUCUUGUGAGGAGUUCUUUGCUGAUCAUGAAAUAGACUCGAAUUUUUAAAAUGAUACUAAUCUCGCUUUAUAAGACUAUCAUUAACAAAACUGAUCGUUUCUUUGUCGAUUCUUUUGAUGCUUGUAACCACUGCCAAAGACUUGAAAAAUCUGCAAAUUCACAGGACAAGAUCAGCAAAAAGAUAGGAGUGUUGCUUUGUCUGAGAGGGGGCACCAAAGUUCAGACAAACAGAAAGUUCCUCACAGGAGCUUUAAAAAUGAAAUAUAACGCCUCCUUUCUUAAAUCCAAACGUUUUCUGAACACCUCAUGUUGUUCUUCUAAAGAAUUCCAGUAUUCUGUCAGCUAUCACUUUAUCUCUAAGUUUAUUUUCGCACACAGGUUGCACACAAUUUCAUCAUGUUUUUGUAAUCCACCAAGCCUCAAUGGUUUGACUGUAACGGAAGCCAUCCAUGAACAAUCACGCUAACGAGGCCCAAAUGAGCCUCAUAUUACUGUACCACAAAGGCAGAUGUAAACCCUGGUGUAAUAGCCUCAGUCUUUGAGUAUUUCUGAUAAUAUUUAAACCAAAUUAACCUUCGGGAACUAUUUGUCAUGUUCUAAAGUGAUGUUGUCAUGUAUUAAUAUUUUUAUGUGAGGCCUCAGGCAAUGCUUAUUCGGAUGUUUGUCCAGAGGGUGUGUUUGAUUUCUAAUCCUACACCCCUCCAUCUGUCUGCUGCAUACACUUACAGACUUUGUUUCUCAUCAUGUAUUUCACUCAUGUUUCUGUCUUCACGCAGGAUGGCAGGAUAAAGGCUGGAGACAGAAUCAUAGCAGUGGGUGAUGAACCAGUGGCAGCGCUGUCAGUAGACAAGGUAUAAACACACACAAACACACACUUUCCUCAGACAAGGUCACGCUGAUUUAAUGAUUUAUGACUCGCCCGUCUUCUCUGUAUUCAGGUGUCCAGUUUGAUCCUCAAACACCGGGUCACUGUCAAGCUCUCCAUCAGCCGCUCCGAGAGUUUCUCCCCCUUUAUUCCUUCUACUCUACCUCUCCCCUCAUCUCUGUCCAAUCCUCGUGCACUUUGUCCCGUGUCCCCUCUGACCCUCUCUGUCUCCUCUUCCUCCUCCUCCACCACUUCAUCCCUCACUAAUACACAGAUUUCUCAAACUGGACUUACACAUUCAGAAGGAGCAGCGUCCUCAACUUCAGGCCCCCUGAGCUGCCCGAUUGUGUCUGGCAGAGAGACCACUAUAGAGAUAUGUAAAGGAAAUGUAGGCCUGGGCCUUAGCAUUGUGGGAGGAAACGACACUCUGCUGGUGAGAGCAACAAAGAGAUUCUCGAAAUUUCAUCAACUGUUGGGAUAUUGUCCAUUUUUUUUCUCAACCUGCCUGAAUAAAAUAAAAAAGAUGCAAUUUUAUCAAAAGAAAUGAUUGAUAUUGUUAAAAAAGGGAAUCAAAUAAGAAGUAUGUUCUUUGUAGUAUAACAUGUUUUCUGAUUUCUCCACUAGGGGGCAGUAAUAGUCCAUGAGGUCAAUGAUGGAGGAGCCGCACAGAGAGAUGGAAGGCUGCAGGCAGGAGACCAGAUUUUAGAGGUAUAUUAAGUAUACACAAACAGAAGCACAAACAUUUUAUAAAUUAAAGUUUCUAAAUCACAAUCCAGAGACGAGACUACUUUUUAAUUUUGAGAAAUGUGUUUAAACUUCAAACUGAAGACAAGCUUGGUUUCUUUUAUAUCUCAUGCAUAUGUGUCCAUAUAUUAAUAAUGUAACAGAAUCUGUAAUUAAUUUAUCAUCAGCUAAGAAACGUUUCACAAAAGAUGACUUGCAUUUUAACAACACACGAUAAUCAGAUGCUGAACUGGUGACAAAAACCAGAGAAGCAUGUACAAAGAAUCAUGCAGUAAAAUGCAACAAGCCAUUGAUAGAUAAACCAAUGAAUGCUUGUAAAUGAAGGAUCACAAGUAAAAUCCAUCUACUGUCUGUGAUCUACAAACGCUUCAUCUACACAUCUCUCUUGCACCCCUGUCUUACAACCAUCUCAUUUUCCACACUUUCCAGGUUAAUGGUAUAGACCUGCGGCAAGCCACUCAUGACGAGGCCAUCAGCGUGCUGCGCCUCACCACCCAGCGUGUCUUGCUGUGUGUUUUCAGACACCAGGAAGCCUACAGGGAGGAGGACCUUUGGGACGUGUUCAGCCUGCAGCUCAGACCUUGUCCUGGAGAGGGGCUGGGGUUCUCCACUGUGGGGAAGAGGUAUAUCACAAAUUAACUCCAGAUAGGUCAUUCUGGGAGUAAUUUUGUACUUUUGGCUCUUUAUGUUUCCAGAGGACAUAAAUUUUUUUUCUCUAAAUCUCAGAGACAAAAGUUAGAAAGCCAGAAUCGACCUGUCAAGACCAGUUUUGCAAAUACCAUUUAAAAAACAAAUUAUCAAGCAAAGCGGCUUUAAGCCAUUUCAGUGUAAAGAGUUUCUAAAAUUGACAGAAUAGCAAAACUUCACCAUUCAUCUCCGUCAUUGAAGAGGCACUUGGCGAUAAUGUUCACACAAGACAAAAGAUAAUGAAGACGUUUUGUGUCAGAGAGUAUAUUGUUAACUUACAAUUGCAUCAUAAUGUCCUGUAUAAUGUCUUAUCAGACCUUCGUUGAUUCGAAACUCAAGAACAGAAGGGUCAGACUUCAUUUCAGAUUCAUUCACAAACUGAAUUUGUGGCACUAAUCUUUGUUGCCAGUCCUGAAACUGUUGUGCUUUUACAGAUAUUCUGCGCUGCAUAGAUAGUAGACGUUGUGUUUCAGACCUUCACAUUUCAGAAUUAGUUGCUUUUUUGCAGCAUCCCCCUUUUUGAAGAAUUGUCAGACACUGUCAGGUCUACUUCUUAGAGAAAAAAAGAUGAAGGUGCAGUACUUAUCACAAUGUUGAGGGGUUUGCAGUGAUGGAUUACCGUAAGGUGGAAGUUCUAGUCCUUUUUAUGUAUUUUCUGAUGGUAUCAUUUUCUUUCAUGCAUUUCAAAAGGACUUUUUAGUUUUUUUAGAAACAGUUUUUUGAUAAGUGAAGCAGCCGUUUUAUGCUCCCAAAACUUUGACUGGAAAAAGAAAUAUAUUAGUUGUAGAAUAAAGAGGGUAUAAUAAAUGAGGUUUGAAGCUGUGAGAUCUUCCAGCUAGAGGUGAAAGAUUUAGCAGCGUCAGUGACUAUUAUUGUCAAGUAGAUGAAGGAUGCAUAAGGAAAUCCUUCCCUUGCUUUUUCUUGUGAGUGCCUUAAAGGGAUAUUCUGGUGUAAAAUUAAGUGAGGGUCAAACACACCGUAACACUGAGUUACCCUGUCGAUAGAUGAAUGUUGCCGACCGCUUGCUUCUCUUGUUUAACUAACUUUAGUAACAAAUGCACGGUAGCAAUACACAGCAGUCCCAGGAGCCACAAAAACACCACUCUAUAGCCACAAAUAAUGCUCAGAACAGCACCUAACUUCAUCAACAGGACAUAUAGAGUCCCAGCCAUAGUACUAGCCACCAAACAUUUUUUUUAGCUUUGCCUAAUUUCUUGAACAAAGAGACCAAACACAACUCAGCCACUCUCUUCCAGCAGCCAUUUGUUUGUACGGAGACCUCAGGCCAGUCCAUUACAGACUGCUGCGGGGUGACACAGCUCAAGGAAGAACAUUUAUUAUCAUUUCUUCAUGGAAAUGGAAUCACACUAAGAUGCUAAGGCAGAAGAACUACUGGGUCUGCUGUGCAACAUGAUUAAUAUGGUGGUUAUUACUUCAAGGAAAUGAUAAAGUAAUUAUUAUUUGACCCUAACUAAAUUUUACACCGGAAUAUCCCUAUAAAGGUUGGAGAUUCAAGUCAAGGAAGACAUUGUUUACAAAGACUUUUUAUGGAGUGUCAUAAUGUGGUGAGCUGUUUGGUAGAUUAAUAUUUUAAAUGAGCAGUUUUCUUUUUAAAAAACAGCUUCUGUGCCAUAUGCAAUAGGAGCACAACUUUACUGACGUUUUGGAGAGAACGGCCAAAGGUCUCUAACUGCAACGGCGUCAUGGCCUAUAGAGUCAAAUUUGUCAACUGACUUCCAAGACAUGCUGAAAAUGGCACAACUAUCAGACAUUACCAACAGACUAACUGUACAGUAAUUAUAAUGACCUCGUCAAACAUCUUUUAACAUCAACAUUAACAGUCCACAGAUUGCCACAAUAUAUCUGCACAAUUAAGUAUGACGCUAUGCAAACCAGCCGGCGAACAUUCGCAGGUCACAUAAUUCCAUCUGUGAGCGUGGAGAAGACAGUUUUUGACCUCUGUUUUCUUCCAACAGUAAUGACACGGGCAUCUUUGUGUCAGAUAUCAUCAGAGGAGGCGUAGCGGAUUCAGAUGGCAGGUUGUUGCUUGGUGACCAGAUUCUAUCAAUCAAUGAGGAGGAUGUCCGUGCAGCAUCGCAGGAACAUGCCCAGAGGCUGCUACAGGUUUGACAUUUUCACCUUUACUCGAUAAAGUAUAUGGAAAAAAUGUGAAUGUUAUCAACUCAAGUGAGAUGUGUCACUCUGCUCUCAGAGCUGCAGUGGAGCGGUCAACCUGGAGGUGGCUCGUUUUAAAGCUGGUCUGCAAUGCUCGCAACGUAGCCAGGUGGGCUGAUCCCCAUGAUUCUUUGUGUCUCACCUGUGUGAAGCUGAUGUAAAUGCAUACACUUUCCAACAACAGCAGAACUUUAGAAACUAGACUUACUUUGCGUUGUGUUUUAAUCAGAGUGGAGAGUCUGCCUGUUCUACCCUGACCCUCUCGAGUGGAGGUGAUUCUUCUCUUGGCCACCAGAGGGAGACAGAGAAUAGACCUGAGAGCUCCAGUGAGUUAACUCAUGAACAGAAGAGUUGCUGUCUGAAAGCAAAAUCGCAUAAUGUUUUAAAUACUUAAAAAUUAGAUUAUAAUCUUGACUUGAGUUAGACAUAAUUUUGAAAUAAUGACGGCUGUAUCUUAAACUUGUUGUCCCAAAUAUUUGUCUUUCCCCUUCUGCAGCUUUUGAGGACCAUCCUGGUGUCCAAAAAGUAACAAUAAAAAAGGUAAUGCAGAUGCUUAAAAAAGUACCUGUAAUUGUUUUACCUGUUCUGUUGUCUAAAGGAGAAAAUGACCUCCUACACUGUGAUGUGAGCUUUGUGAAAGUCCUCACAGCUUAUGUUCUUUUGACUCAUAAAAAAACCUCAAAAUAAGAGGUAAAAAUGAAAAGCUUCUUACCUAAUUGGACCCCAGACUCACUCUAGGUCAUGUCAAGUGUGGAUCCUGCCACCCCUUUAUUCAGUAAUAUUGUCUAACAUGUUAACGAUGAGUCUGUGUUAUAUUCCCGCAGGGUCCAUUUGACUCUCUUGGCAUCACAGUAGCAGGAGGAACGGGUAGUCCCCAUGACAACGUACCUCUUUUUAUUGCUACCAUGGAUACCAAUGGACUGGCAGCCAAAACACAGCAAUUGCAGGUGAGGAGUGUGGAUAUGCACGUGCUUGUAUCGUGUAUUUAUUAAUACGAGGGGAGAUGUUAAAGUCAUUAUAUUGUAAAGACUCACCUCGUGUCUGAGGGCAAAAAGUCAGGCCUCGUGAGGUUAGUCAUUAAUUUUGGAAUCUGCCCCAGAGUUAGGAUUUAAAAUAAAGUAAAACCUGCACACUCAUUAUGGCCUAUUCAUAUUCAUACGGAUAAACACCAGUUUGACGUCAAGACUUGUUCUGUUUGUUUUUUUCUUUUCCCAUAGAUUAGCUCAACCCACUCAAUCCAUCAGAUUUACAUAGGAAAAUGACACCUUAAACAUCAUGAUAGACAAAACACAAAAUGUGUGGUAAGAAGAUGCGAAACGAGGAAAACACACUGUACAUAAAGGCCUUUCCACUUGUAAAUGAGCAUAAGUAAAUCCCUGAAAGCUAGAGCAAAUCAACUCGAAAAGAUAGUUAUAUAAGAAUCCCUAACAUGGGAACAGUUUGCUAAGGUUUAGGAGAAGUAUAAUAUGUAGCAGUCUUUAUUAGGGUAUGCAGGAAAAUGUGCUUUUAGGCCAAUCUAAUGUCUUCACAGAAGUUAGUUUUUGUGUGCUUCUCAGACAGGAGACACGAUCCUCAGUAUCAAUGAUGUGUCCACCAAGGGAAUGACUCAUGUCCAGGCUGGAGCUCUGCUGAAGAAUGCUAUUGGAACCAUCACUCUGCAGGUAAUGACACAGUGAGACAUGCUGCAGUUAAUCUUAAGUGCCUGUGAGACAUUAAGUUACCAUACUGUCAGCAUUUUUUUUUUUUGUCAGAGUGAGGCGGUAAUCACCAUAUCCUGCCUCCUCAUCUCUCUGACUAUUACUUUUCUAAAACUAACUGAGACAUACAUUUACAUAAAAACAACUUAAAUGCAGCCUUUUAACAAGAUAUAGCAAUUAGAGCCAAUGUCACUUUAAAACAAUAGUGCAUCAGAACUUGACUUGACAUUACUUAUUUUCGUUUCAGUGAGCCUCUGGAGAAUUUUUGCUUUAAGAGGCAAAAAAGAUUAUUAGGAACUUGAUGUUUUUUUUUGGUCUGGCAUGUAUAUUGUGUGUAAAAACAAAAACAUUAUCAGUAUCAUUAGCAUUUGGAUGAACAUGGCAGUGUUACAGCAGCAGGAUAUCAGAUUAUGAUGCACACAUGGCUAAUUAUGAUCAUUACACAUUCAAAUAUAUGUUUUUUAUUGUCAUAACUGAUACAGUGUUUUAUCAUUUGUGCGUGUAUGUGUUGUGGGGCUGGGGGGGUUGUUUGUGUAUCUAAAGGUGGCAGCAGGUUCUGGUGGGUGCAGCGCAAAGGACAACAAUGACGUGCAUGCCUGGUCAUCAGGCCAGCCCAGCAGCCUUCCCUGCUCCCACAACAAUCUGUGGUAGGAAUCAGUUUCCCUGACAGUCUCCUGCUGUUGUUCUAUUUGGUCCCUCUUGGUUUAUUCACCAAUUUAGGGGAAAGGCAGACUCAGGUCCCCCUAAUAAUGAGGAAGUGCAACAGCUGUGUAAGUGGCAUUGGAACAACUAGGUGUUUGCCCAAAAUGAUCAUCUGGGUUUGUUUUGUGUGUUUGUGUGUGUGUGUGUGUUUUUAGUUUGUUUUUUCAGCUUUAGACAAGUUUCUUCUUUAAAAUCUUGUUGCAAAGGUUACACAUUUGGGUUUUAGGCAGCUCGGCAAAGACAAAUAUUAAAUCAAAGAAGCUGUUGAACAAGUUAACUUAUUAUUAGACAAAAAAAACAUGUCUAACCUUAAACUAGUUUGGAUUUAAGAGACAUCUUUAUCAGGGUUCAGGGCUAAUUUGGGAGAGUGGGUGCCUGGUUUGCAGAAGUGACCGUCCUUGUUGCACUUGUCAAAGGCUCAAUUUAGUAACAGUAUUUGAUCCAUGUCAUUCCCAACUCCUCUCCACAUUUUCUGUCAUUCUCUUCUUACACUGAGGGAGAAAAGGCCUGAAAAAUAAUCUCAAGACAAACAUGUGACCUCACAAUCAGACUAAUUUCAUUUAACCUUUUUAUGCAAAACAGGCAACUUCGCCCAAUCAGAAGGUUGAAAAACCUGGUUUUAACUUUGUUUUAUUGAACCAAGGUUUCUUCCAGCGCAAUUUUGUUUUAAAUCUUGGAUGAGGGUCAGCACCUCUAAGCCUGAGGCUACUAUGUUUCUCUGCUGGAAUAUGGUGGAUCGCUCUCUCUGAAUGGGUUUGGGUCUUUACUCCAGGUGAAGUAGUUCAGACGUCUCAAGGUCUUUUCAGGAGUCAGGGUGAAAUGGAUUGUGAGACUGACAGGCAUAUUGGUGUUGCAUCAGGAUCAAUACAGGUAUUGGUUGUACUGGACUGUUGCUAUGAAUAGGGAGCCGAGACAGAGGAGGAGCUUUCCAUUUGCCAGUUGAUCUACAUCCCAACCUUCACCUAUGAUCAUGAGUUAAGGGUACUGAGCAAAAGAAUAAUAUAGCAGAUACAAGCAGUUCAAAUGAGUUUCCCUUGGCCAGUGGCUGGGCUUGAUCAUAGAGAUCUAGUUAGGAGCUUGGACAUCUUGAUGGAGCUUUGAGAAGAGAUGUUGCUCCUUCGUCUCAAAAAAAAAGCCAGUUGAGGGGGUUUAGGGGUUUUGAUAAGUGUGCCCAAUAAAUGCCUACCUAGAAAGGUGUUCUGGGUGGGUCCAAAUGGAAGAAGGUCCUUAGGUAGAGCCAUAGUAUAAACAGUCUAUGGGUAGAGAUUGCUGGGAACAUUUAUAUCCCAUUAGGCCUGGGAACACCUCGGUAUCUCCCAGGAGGAGCUGGAAAAACAUUGCUUAAUAAAACAUGGAUGGAUGGAUGGAUUGAGGAAUUGAUGGGACGGGAUGGGAUUAGAUGGGAUGGGAUGGGAUUAGAUGGGUGGAUGCAUUGAUGGAACGAUGUGGGGAUGGAUGGAUGCUUCAUAAUUAACUGCACUGCAAAACUAGACAUUCUUUGUUUUCUCACUAGGCUACAAACACUUCCAUACCAGCAUGCCUUGCAAUUCCCCUUCAUGGUUUUUCAUUCUUCUCCCACAGUGCACGCAUGUAUAAGACCAUCACACUGGAGAGGGGUUCCUCGGGCCUGGGCUUCAGCAUUGUUGGAGGGUUUGGAAGCCCACAUGGAGACCUGCCCAUCUACAUCAAAACUGUCUUUAAUAAGGUGAGAGAAUUUCCUUCAAGGAAAAAUCUUAAGCCGAGGACCGAGGACCUCAGAAAUCCGAUUCGAGCACAACAGGGGCGAUUUAGUUUAACUGCAGUAAGCGUGUAUGUUCAUUGUUCAUGUGGACAGAUUAGGGCACAAAGGCUGGAUGCCAUCACUAUACACUGCAAACAGCUUAAAUUUUUGUACUUCGUAAGUAAAGACCAGAGUUUAUUUAGAGUUUUUAAACAAGCUAUCAUAUAAACUGCACAACUUUUUCCUCUAUCAUCGCAAUAUGUUCAGUGAUAUUCAAGUUUUUGUGGAGUGAUCUACUCUGUCUUUUCCUUGCUUUUUCUCUCACAGUUCUUGAUAAUGUUGUCAGCGGUUUCUGAUCUCUGACCUUCACAUGCUGAUAGACCUGUCUUUGUUCUCUGCAAGGGGGCAGCUGUAGAGGACGGCAGGCUGAAACGUGGAGAUCAGAUCAUUGCUGUGAACGGACACUGUCUGGAGGGUGUGACUCAUGCUGAGGCUGUGGACAUCCUGAAGAAAACCAAAGGAACCGUGGUCCUCACCGUGCUCUCCUGAAACACAGCCUGCUUUUGUGUGUGUGUUGUCAUUUAGUAUUUGCGAAGUCUUAGCUGUCUCAGACGACCUGCCACAUUUAAUAGGAGAAUGUGGAAGGUUAGUAGUUUUGUGUAAGAGGAGGAGAAACUGUCUUUGUCAGUGUAUUUGUACCUAGUUUUGGGAAGCUACCUCUAUCUGCUAACACAGCCUGGGUGUGUUUUCACAUACACAGUAAUCCUAAUAUAAUCCUUACACAACCAAAGGUAUUACUUUAAUUAAUGUGCGAUGUGGAUCUUCAUGUUCUAAUGACGACGCACUGUAUUCACAUGGGAUACUUUUCCAAGUUAUUAAAUACACCGACCGUACCACACUGUUCUAAAUGAUGAAGAUAUAUUGCGUCUCAAGGUAUUUAUUACACAUUAAUGCAUUGAUAUGCAUCAUUGCUCAUGCAAACACACUCAAGCAUAAAUUAUCAUCCUCAGCUGUCUAUGCUGAUCACAGAAACAUAUCUUGACUCACAAUGUCUCAAAUUAAUUCAGAGUCGACUACAGUAAUAACUCUCAGACUUUAAACAUGCCAAGUGCUUCUGCCAAUAUUUUGUGUGGUACUAAGUUUGGAAAUUUCUUCAGAAAGAUAAGGUAUCUUUCAUUACUGUCAUUUUUCAUACUCUUGUUAUUCUAAGUAUUGUCAUAGUUGCUUGAGUAAGUCAUAAUAUGUUAUCAGUAAGUGUAUAACUUCUUGAGAAACCAUCCAGAGAACCAAAAUAGGAGCUCGUCAAACCCUGCAGACGGGGUCAAUUCUCAAAAUAAUAUCGCUGAUUUCAACAAAAUCCAACCAAACUCUGUUGUAGAUAGUGAUUAGAAAUUUUCAGCUCUUUGCCAAUAGAAAGCCCAUUUGUUUUGCACCAUUUGCUGUUGGUACAGAUACCUGUCCAUCUGCCUGCAGUGCACUGACCAGCUUUUCAGGCUUUUGACGUGCAAACAAACUUGACCUUUACCCCAAUAUAUUGUGGAUUUGAAUAUUUUUGCACCUCAGUUUGACAUUGUUUCAAGCAAAAAAAAAAAUGCCGACACCAUCAGGCGAGCACACAAAUGUGCUUUAGAUUUUGUAGGGUUGAUAUAUUGUGUGCAUUUUGGGUUAUGUCAGUAAGCAAUAGAAAAAUUAACUAAUACAUCUCAGCUUUUCUGCAAUUUUGAAGAAAGUCAGUUUAACGGCUGCAUUUGAUUCUGAUCAGUGCACUAGCAUGUAUGUGUCACUGCAUAAGUGAACGGGCUCUCUGACAGCAGUGUAAAGCACCGAAAAAUCUCUACAUAAAGUAUACCCUUACAUCAGCUUAAAGUUUUACAUCAGAGUCUUACAAAAAUACCCAAAUUAUGUGGUAGUGUUGACUUUCUGCAUUAGUUCAUAGCUCCAGUGUCAAUUCUUUAGCCAUUUCUUGAAAAAGGAAACUGAGCUGACCAGGAUCCCUUGUGGGUAAUAAAUUAUCUAUUGACACCUUUCCCAUAAAACCCAACUUAAAAACCCUGAAUUAUUCCUUCAGCUAGGUAAAAAAAAAAAAAAAAAAAAAAAAGAAA